GUAGUAUCUGUAGAUGUCAUUGUUGCUGCUUGCUGCUCUAGAAGAGUCAUUUGAAGCAGCAACAUCGUGACAUCAUGUUCUUAUGGAAAUGUCUCCCGGUGAGGCCCCUCCCUGUCCGGGUGACAUCAGCCGGAGCUCGGCUGCUUUCCUCCAGGAGUCCUCGGUGUAUCCGCGCAUACACAUCCAGCACCGCCACCGGGAGAGCUCGAUGGAAAGGGCGCCUGCUCGGCUUUUCUAACCGCUUUUCUUCAUGGGACAAAACAAUAUUACUACUUCCCCGCCAGGGAUAGCUCAGUAGGUAACAUGGUGGCCCCAUGAUGGGAAGGUCGGGGGUUCGAAUCCACUGAACGGCUACCCUGAGGUACCCCUGAGCAAGUGAUCAUGGGAGGCUGUUGACAUCUGAUCUCCCCCGUUAGCUCAGAGGACGCUAGAGUAGCUUGAACACACCGCCGGGUGCGCAGUCACUGGUCCAAACAUGGCUGCCCAUCGAAUCAGAGCCACGACGAACAACAACGCUUCCCUGCCUCGCUGCAAAUCAGAGGGAACGCUCAUCGAUCUCACCGAAGGAGUGUCAGAAGCCAGUCUCACCGAUGUCAAAGUGCCUUCUCCCAGUGCCUUACGACUGGACACAACUGCCUCCUUUGGCACUGCCAGGGAGGUCGUUGCCAUUAAGGACUACUGCCCGUCUAGCUUCACCACCCUGAAGUUCUCUAAAGGAGAUCGCCUCUAUGUUCUGGACUCGUCAGGAGGAGAGUGGUGGUAUGCCCACAAUAACAAAGAGAUGGGUUACAUUCCUGCAGCAUAUGUGGAGCCCAUCAACUACAGAGACUCGUCCUUCAGCGACAGUGGGAUGAUUGACACUGUGGGAGACUGUAAUGAGGAGGCAGCCAAAGAAAUGGACCUUCUAGGAGAGUGGGCAGGAGUGAUUCUUAAACCAACCACCUUCCAAAAUGGAAAUCCUUUUGCAACUAACCAUACCUCUACAAAUCCCUUUCUAAACGGGGGUCCCCAGAGCUCACUUGAUCAAAACAGUAAUGAAAAAUCAGUUGACCUUCUUCUGUUUGAUACCGUCACUCCAUCGUUGCCCAAGUCCACCAGUAGCACUGCUGACAUUAAUGGUUUUGGCAGCAGUGUUAUCAGUCUGAACCCUGUAAGUCCUGUGGGGGUUGGUCAGGUUAUACGCAGAGACAACCCGUUUUUUAGAAGCAAACGUUCCUACAGUCUGUCUGAGUUAUCCAUCCUGCAGGCACAGUCCGAUGCUCCUCAGGCCUCUGCUAGUUUCUUUGGAGCCCUUAAAGCACCAGCGCCAGAGCAGUUCCAGAGCAGGGAGGAUUUCCGGACUGCAUGGCUCACGCACCGCAAGUUGGCCAGGUCCUGCCACGAUUUGGAUUCCCUUGGCCAGAACCCAGGCUGGGGCCAAACGCAGCCGGUGGAGACUAACAUCGUCUGUCGACUAGACAGCUCAGGCGGAGCUGUCCAGCUUCCGGACACCAGCAUCAGCAUCCAUGUACCAGAGGGCCAUGUCGCCCCUGGGGAUACACAGCAGAUCUCAAUUAAAGCUCUGCUAGACCCGCCGCUAGAGCUCAACAGUGACCGCUGUACCACUGUCAGCCCUGUGGUGGAGAUUAAACUCAGCAACAUGGAAACCAAAACCACUGUUACCCUGGAGAUGAAAGUGUCUGUUGUGGUAAAAAUGGAGAGCAGGCAGACUACUGAAGUCUUGUGUGUACGAAGUGAUUGUAAAGAGGGACCUUACACUCCUGUUCCUCAGGCAUACAUGUAUGGAGACACAGUCCAGGUGUGCCUGGAUAACCUUGAACCAUGUAUGUACGUGUGUGUCGUAGCUCAGGCUCAAUCCUUAUCUCCAAAUUCCACAGUUUGGGAGCAUGUGGUUAAGAAGAUCACUUUAGGAGUGUAUGGUCCCAAACACAUCCAUCCAUCCUUCAAAACAGUGGUGGCUAUGUUCGGCCAUGAUUGUGCGCCAAAGACGCUGUUGGUGAGUGAAGUUGGCAAGCAGGCCCAGUCUGCACCACCAGUUGCUCUCCAGCUCUGGGGCAAACACCAGUUUAUCCUGUCCCGACCGCAGGACCUUCGUGUUGGAGUUUAUUCCAACAUGGCCAAUUAUGAGGUAAAGGCUAGUGAGCAGGCCAGGGUAGUUCGAGGCUUCCAAGUUAAGCUAGGCAAAGUCAGCAGGCUUGUCUAUGUCAUUGCAUCACGCGCAGACGAUGUGUCGGAUUUCACCCUAAGAAUCCAGGUCAAAGAUGACCAAGAUUGUAUACUGGCCCAGUUUUGUGUCCAGACACCAACACCGCCACCCAAAUCAGGGCCAAAGACAUCAGCGCAACGGCGAUUCCUGAAGAAGAAGGAAGUUGGUAAGAUUGUCUUGUCUCCUCUCGCCAUUGCCACUAAGUAUCCUGUUUUUCAGGACAGGAGAAUAAACAACCUGAAGUUUGGAAAGUUAAUCAAAACUGUCAUACGACAAACAAAAAAUCAGUACUUGCUUGAAUAUAGGAAAGGAGAUUUUGUAGCUCUGUUAAGUGAGGAGAAGAUCAAGCUGAAAGGCCAGUUGUGGACAAAAGAAUGGUACAUUGGGUAUUAUCAGGGCAGAAUGGGACUUGUUCAUUGUAAGAAUGUGCUAGUGGUCGGCAAAGUUAAGCCAAUUUACUUCACUGGGCCUGACCUCACGACCUCAUUGUUACUUGAGCAGAUACUGAAGCCCUGCAAGUUCCUCACAUACAUUUACGCCUCUGUAAGAACUAUAUUGAUGGAGAACAUUGGCAACUGGCGAGCAUUCGCAGAUGCCCUUGGAUAUGUCAACCUACCCUUAACGCAUUUUUGCCGCGCUGAGCUGGACAGCGAACCAGAGAGGGUUGCAUCAGUGUUGGAGAGGCUGAAGGAAGAUUGCAACAAUGCCGAGAGCAAAGAGAGGAAGUCCUUCCAGAAAGAACUCCUGACGGCCCUGUUGAAGAUGGACUGUCAGGGUCUUGUAGCCCGACUGGUGAUGGACUUUGUCCUCCUCACCACCGCCGUGGAGGUAGCCGGCCGCUGGAGGGAGAUGGCCGAGAGGCUCGUCAAGAUUUCGCGCCAACAAAUGGAUGCUUACGAGGCACCACACCGUGACAAGAACGGGGUGGUGGACAGCGAGGCUAUGUGGAAGCCAGCGUACGACUUCCUGGUCACGUGGGCGGCUCAGAUUGGUGACAGCUACAGGGAUGUGAUCCAAGAGCUUCACAUGGGCCUGGACAAGAUGAAGAACCCCAUCACCAAACGCUGGAAGCACCUGACCGGCACACUCAUCCUGGUCAACUGCUUGGAUGUCCUGCGGAGCUCCGCCUUCAGCCCCUCUGCUCAGGACGACUACGCCAUCUGAACCCUAGCAUUGCCACACACCAGCACACCUUGCUCUUCAGGAGCAAAUUUUUUUUUUCUUUUUUAAAGUUGCACCGUUUGAAAUGCUGCAUAUCAGCUGUUUGCUCACUCUGAAUGCCACUACUGCUGUCGUACGUUGUUGAUUGUUCCUGCAGCGUUGCCUUCAGCUCUUCGUGCCCAGGGCAACAUCACCAGACAGGCCCCAUGUCCCCAGCAAACAACACAGUGCUGUAUGGAGCUCGCAGUAUUCACAGAGACUCUUUUAAUAGCUUCAGUCUUGCACAGUUAUGUAUUUUUGUACUCUUAUUAUGGCACAGCAGUUUUUUAAGCAACCAUUUGGUUAAGAUCUGUGGAUUGAAUGCCAAGAAAGACAUUUUUAUUAAGAAAAGACAUUUUUAGAUAUUGUAUCCUCAUAUCCUCACGUGUCAGAUCUGUUCUAUUUAUUUAUACAUUAAGAAGCAUCACCUUUGGUCUGUCUUCAAAUAUUUUGGUGUCCUCUAUUUUCGAAGAUCUGAGACUGAAGAUGACAGAAUCAUCUAUUAAUAUUGUACACUCAGUUUUACACUGAAACGUGCAGUGUUUUCAUAGAACAUGAAUCAGUGGAUUUAUUAGAUUUAAACUGAUUAUUAAUUUCAGCAAAAUUUAAAACCCUUGUGUCAGUUUUAAAUCAUCUUUUGAGUUUUGGGCUCCUAAAAAAUGUUAUUGUUUUCUGAUUAAAUUUAUUGUAACAAACUUGACCUUUUAAACAUCAAUUGAUAAAUCAGCCUCGACCUGAGACAUACUCACUUUGUUCUAGUUCACUCAACUUGUCCCCAACCUUUCCAAGACUGAGAAUGUCAGACAUGAACAUCCUCAGUCCAUGUUUGACAUAGAAUGUACUCCCGUUAGGCAAUUUUGAGCAUGUUUAACCCUCCACAGUCCAGUUUGUGUGAGGAGUGUGAAUGCAUCGUGGGAGAGAAAGGUCUCUCAAAGAGUCCUGAAUUAAAAUCUGUGCAAAACUUGUGCAGCAGACAAGAUGGUAGUAGAAGUCAAACUGUGGCGAGCUGCUUAAAACGUUAUUUUCAGACAGAAUCAUUUUUUAAAUCAAGUGGGUCUUUACAUGUAGUUUUUAUUCCCUGCAGAUGAUUGAAAUCAAAGUUAAUUUAGAUAAUCCACUCAAAUCUUAUGGAUCACCACAGCAGGUCUUUUGUCUCUAUCUCACCCAAAUAAGUGCCUGGAGGCAUUUCAAAUGAAUUGCUAAGUUAUGAGACUCUCUUUUAAAGGAACUUCAACAGGAUGCAUGUGACUUGCUUGCUAACGUUAGGUGGUCAAAUGCUUCCUGCUGCCUUUCUUUGCACAUCUGAAAAAUCUCUGUUUCAGAGUGGACCUCAGUUAAUUUCAAGUAGCAUUUUGUGAGUUUAUACAUGGCCUUACCGCAGCCCCUCAGUUCCUCCUCUGUCUGAAACAAGCUACUUUUGCUCUCUGUUCACCUCUUUAAGCCAGCUUUCCUCUGAUUGGCUGCCCCUCGUAAAGAACGCAUGAACAGCAGAUAGGUGGAGCUUCUAUCCUCAUAGCCUGAGAUGUGAGCGUAGAAACACUGCUUCAUACUGACAUUAAAAAAGCACCAAAAGUAAAAUAAAAUGUCUGAAAGAGUAUUUAGAGUAGCAUGAAGCCUGAGCUUUUGACACACAGGGAUUCCUUCUACAUAUGCUGACCUCAUUAUCUGAAACCUUGGCCGUGUUCAUUGUUAGUAAUGACCACUUUCAAAGAAAAAAAAGGGAAUAGCAUAAUUGGUUUACCUUAAAUAACUGCUAGGUUUGUGAGAGAAAACUUUGUAACUUUGCAUUGUGCUUUGGGAGAGUGCUUUUGUUCUACUACACGGUAGUAUCAUGAUGAAGUGUGUGUGUGUCUGCAAGUGGGGUUUAGAUGCUAAUUUUAUUUCAGGAUAAAGUAAAGUCGAGGAGAAGAGCACUGGCGUAAAUUAUGGGGAGAAAACUGAAGCAUGUUUAGCCCUAAAAGCACAAAGUAGAGAGAUGGAAGGGGGACAGUGGAGAUGGGCAUGAUACACUGUGUCCGGUUGAAUGGGGACCUUAAACUGAACUGGCUGAAAUAUGGGUCACAAUAAACUAAACAAUCAAGAACACUGACUGAGUGUUAGGAUUGGUCCAUCAAGGAUUUACGUCUUGAUUAACGAUUACCUUGAGCCUGUACCUCCAUAUAGUAACCAAACUCGCAUCUCUUAGUUCUGAACUCUCUCAUCUUUGUUAUGUCUUUUUUUUUCCUUUCUGUGUUUUUAUAAAGCUUGCCAAAAAUGAGUAGAGCUCUACACAAAUAACCAUGUACAAUGUUGAGACCACUGUUGUAAUGACACUGUCUAUCAAAGCUUCUCUAGCUUUCGUCCCAGUGCUGCAUACUGUAUAAUGUGCUAGUGACACAGCCAGUGUUGAGUUGAAAACCUUUUUUGUGACUGCAUACUUUUACGGAAGAGACUCUAAAUAAAAUGUAAAUAUUUGUACACGACA